GAGUGUGAGAGUGCGCAGAGCGGCUCUCAGCGGAUACUUUAGCCACUUUAAUCGGUCAUAAACGGCCGACAGCCCACUGUGUGAGCCCGGUUUGAUUGUACGAAGCUGGGAGAUCACCGAACAUUGGACACAGGCCCGGUUCCCGGGCUCUGAGCUCGGGUUUGUGGGUUAGCCGCUGAGUGGAACUUGAAUCAGAUUAAAAACGGAGCUCCGUGUUUACGGACACGGACACUGCCGACGUGUUUAACCAGCUCAGACUCCAGGUAGGAUUGGCUGGCUGCCACAAACGCAGCAGCAGAGGCUCCUGUAUUUACCUGGAGCCUCACCUGAGUGAGUCACCGACCCCUCCUGACAGGUGGACACAGCUAACUGGCUGUUAGCAUGCUAGUUGCUGCUGUGUCAUCACUGACUUUUCAGACUGACAGCUUCAUGUUGUGUUGACGCUGUGUUUACAGCUGAAUCAGGCUGUGUUCUCUCACACUGCCAGGGCGGCUUAGCAUGAUUCACAAAUCAGAAUAAGCCUUACAAAGGGAAGUUUUAAACAGCAGGUGGGUGGAGCUUUUGUUUGUCGUGAUGACAUCAUACAGCUGGAAGAGUAGAAAAAGUGCAGAAUAGGUCAGCCUUAAAAGCAGCAUUUAGUCAGACUGUGAAGGGAGCUUUGUCUUUAUUUUAAGGUGAGGCGUGAAUUCAGGUUUCAGGACAAAAAAGGAAAUGACUUCCUAUUGAUCAUCUGCUUUUAAUAAAGCCAGCACGUGCACCUUUCUGUCAGUGGGAUUAAAUUUACUCGAGCUCAAAAAACCCAGAUUUGUUAAACGUUCAACAUCAGUUCAGGUGAAGACGCUUGUUUUCAGUAAGACAACCCCAGAACGUGAGGAAUAAACGGGACAGACGUGUCUUACGUCGAUGCUUGAGCCAAUAGGAUCCGAGGUGACCUGAUGACGCCUCGGUCGGCUCCUGCAGGCCGUGAAGGCCCUCUCUCUGUGAACUCCCCGCGCUGCUCUGCAGCUCUAAUGGACGUUUUCAGAGCAGAGGUUACUGCUGCCUCUCGUCUGUGCGCAGCAGGGCGGAUAAAGAGGGACGUCCGAGUCUGUGAAGUGACCCUGCGGUAACUACCCGAUGAAGCAGGAAGAGGUUUGCUGACUGCUUUGGGUCGGCCUUCAGUAACGAGGCUCGAUCGCUGCUGGCUCACAGGGCGAGGCAGCAGCUGUUGUGUCGUGUUAUCAGCAGAAGUUUAAGGAAGGUGUGGUUCACAUGCAGGACACGGCUCAGCGUCUGCAGACUCGUCAGACCGCUGCCACAUCAGAUGAUGAAGCUGAUAACGCGCACACACACACACGGUUUCUCUGUGAGGGCAGUGAGGAAGUGAGACCACAGCCGGAAGCAUGAAGGAUUAGGAAAUGACUCUUCUUCAGGGGAUCAUGGAGGGAUGUGCGGGAACAGACCCACAGUGAUGACACUGUCGAGAAACCCUUUGAGGCAGCGUCACCUGAUGCUUCCCACCUGACCCUGUCAGAGUUGCCUGAAAUAUUCCAGGGUCUGAUGUCUGGUCCCUGCUGUUAGAUAUCAACCUGAACUCUCCUAACAAAGCUCUCGGCGUGGAUCGCACAGACAGCCUGUCCGACGUGCCCGUGGAGGGCGCUAUGGGGAACCCAGCCAACCCUCCUCCACCUGGCCUGACGGAGGAGGAGGCAGAGGAGCUCCGCACCGAGCUCACCAAGGUGGAGGAGGAGAUCAACACCCUGCGGCAGGUUUUGUGCGCAAAAGAGAGACACGCCGCAGAGCUGAAGAGGAAACUCGGCCUCAACCCGCUCAACGAACUCAGGCAGAACCUCACGAGGAGCUGGCAGGACGUGCAGACCUCCAACGCAUAUCUGUCUGCCUCGGCCACUUUGGAUGACAUUACCCACUCCGAAGCGUACAAGAAGACUCAGGAGACGCUUUCCCAGGCCGGACAGAAGACUACCGCGGCUCUGAGUACAAUGAGCACGGCCCUCAGCAAGAAGAUCGGCGACAUGAGAGCUCUGCCGUUCUCUAACUCCUUUAGUAGCAACUAUUCCAUUCGCCACUCGAUAAGUAUGCCCGCCAUGAGAAACUCUCCAACCUUCAAGUCCUUUGAGGAUAAAAUGGGGAACCUGAAGUAUAAGGUCGUCGGUCAGAGAGGAAAUGGAGACGCCGUCAGCUCCCCCACCGACACCACCCCCACUCAGGAGAACCCGUCUUUCUGAACACUCGCUCCCUCCUCCACCACCUCCUCGCCGCCACCUUCUUCACGACCUUAGACUGUACUGUUACCACCUCGUCGCAGAGCCACACCUCCACCUCCACCUCAGCAGCUCGCUCUGUAGCUGGUGGCAGAGUGCACAGCCCCGCCCCCGAGCCCCGCCUCUGUUUCAAACCCAUCAAUGUUUCAGAGGCCACCCGGCUAAACACCAGGCGCUAAAAGAUGUCACCUUCUGAAACUUGACCCCCCCCAAGUGUUCAUACUCAUCCAAAAAACAAACACGCAAACCUCCUGCGGGUGUAGCUUUGGAGGCGGGGCUUCUGCAGGUGGAGGAGGAUUAUAUGGGCCUCUGUGGGUGAGCGUGCUCUCUUCUUUCUCUGCAUUCACACUGUGAGCACACGCUGCACAGCGCCCCCCGCCGCGCUCUGUGUAAACGCAGGCAGGUGUACAGGUUAGCGCUAUAUACCUGCGAGGAUGGGCGGGGUCAGGACCCGGGAACCCCCGCCCUCCUCGACCUUCUCCACGUACACGCACAUCCCACCUGAAACCCCCGCUGUGUAAAAAAGCCCUUCAGCCAUUUUGUAUUCUCUGAACUCUUUUACAGCUUUGCAGACGUUUUUACGUAACUUCUAUCGGCGCGUACCAACACGGUAACCAAACUGUCUCCGGUUCACAGGCGUGUCGCUGAAAACACAGCUUCCUGUUUGUGAAACUGGCGUCGCCGUCGGAGCGCAGCCGACGCUUCAACGAUGCUUCGCCGCGAACGCUACCUGCUGAAUGUCACCGCUUCUCAGUCGGCCUUACUCGCGUUAAAAGCUUCGCCCGCUCUCUGAUCCAGCCGCGGGACACGCCCACCCCUCGCCCUUUGGUUUUUCUUCUUCUUCUCUGGGUUUGGUGAAGGACGGGACGCCCGGGUGUUUGUGGUGUACUCACACGGGGCGCGUCUGGUGUGCCGCUUGUCUUCGUUCGGGCCUGCAGAGUAACUUCCUGUACGGAAGCGACCACGCCUGCAGAUGAACUGCGCUCACGCCAAACAACAGAACAACUGACUUUUCAGAUUUUUUUUCAUUAUUUGUAAAACGCCAUGAAGUACCGUGCCAAUCUUUGUUUGUGUGCUUUGCCAACAUCACUCCUGCCCGCUACGGGAAGUGCUGACGAGCUCGUUAAUAAGACGUCCUGCUUCUGUGGCGUCCGACUGCUCUGUGACAGGAAGCGGUCAUUGAGGCGUGCCGCCACGUGUGAGUACACCUGAGAGGGAGACCUGUCAUCAGUCUUGCGGGUCUCCGCUGUGGGUGUUUCUGCUGCCCGCGGCUGUCCUGCCUCCUGCGUGCGUCCUUAUUCUUUGUGUUGAUCAUUAUGGUAGACGAUGAAGAUGAUUUGUUAGCUGCUUCCUGAUUUUCUUUCCUUUGCUCUUCUGAGGUGGUUUCUUCUUUGUAAAAUGUCAUCAGUUGCCAAUCCUGAAAUAUCUGUUACAGACUCUUCCUUUGUGUCUCUGGAUCUCCUCGAGUGUCUCUGCGCUUUGCCAAGAUUAAACAAACUCUUGCACACUACAAGAAAUACUCCUGAAGUCAUUUACUUAAUAAAAGAAUCACAUUUUUCUUAUGCACAGGGGAAAGGAGAUCGUCAGUGUGAGAAAAAUGCGAUUUUGAAACUAAAUGAAUUUUCCUCCUUGAAAGCUGCACAUGAGCAGUUUGUUUUGGAGAGUAGAUGAUGGAUGGAGUGAGUGACUUCUUAGUUUUGGGACGUGCAGCACACCACGAGCAUGCUCACUGAGGACUUUCAGCUUUAUUCGGGUCCGGGGCCUCUCUCAUGUAGAUCGUUAAAGAGAUCAGAUUUGGAAGCUAAUGGUGAAUUAAUUAAAAACAUUUUGGUUUAUUGUAAAUGUUUGGAUAUCAAUAAAGCAUUCCUUUAAAUGAAA